CGCUACAGCUGUCAGUCGCUAUAGAACAAGAACCUUCAAGAUGGACGAAGAACUGGAUAAGGGCUCCAAGAAGUUCUGUAUCAGAGGGAAACAUGUGGCCAUGAUCGUUGCAGCGGUGGUAGUGGUGGGAUUAGCUGUUGGGCUUGGCGUAGGUCUCACAUAUCCAGAGCCAUGUAAAAGUACCAACGGAGGUGAUGCCACGACUAAACCUACAUCAUCCUCCACCACCUCUACUUCAUCCUCCACCACCUCUACUACCACUGCUCCUUCAGAAUCCGAGGCUUGCCCAGUUAAGGAUGACAACAGCGGGGCCUGGAAGAACUUCCGACUUCCAUCACACAUCCGACCCCUUCACUAUGACCUGGAAAUCCAGCCAGAGAUGGACAAAGACACUUACCAUGGCACGGUGACCAUUUGGUUGAAGUUGACCAGCUCAGACAAGCACCUAUGGUUGCACAUCAGGGAGAACAAGAUCUCGGGGCAGCCCAAGUUGAAGGAUCGCACUGGCCAAGAGAUCCAACUCAUCCAGUGCUUCGAGUACCGACCACAGGAGUAUGUUGUGAUGGAGUUCACCCAACAGCUGCCGGCCAAUGCCGAUGAUGACAACCUGGAGGACACCUACCGCCUGACUUUGCAGUUUGCUGGUCAACUCAACGGCUCUCUGGUGGGGUUCUACAGGACCACCUACCAGGAAAAUGGCGUGACCAAGAGUAUUGCAGCUACAGAUCACGAACCAACAGAUGCACGGAAAUCAUUCCCUUGCUUUGAUGAACCCAACCAAAAGGCAACUUAUAGUAUAACCAUUAUCCACCCUUCUGACUACAAAGCCAUUUCAAACAUGCCUUCAGAGGCUUCUACUGAUUUAGGGAAUGGGUGGAUCAAAACUGUGUUCCAGAAGUCUGUCCCUAUGAGUACAUAUUUGGUUGCCUUUGCUGUCCACCAGUUCACAUAUGUGGAACGAUUUUCAAAAAGAGGAAUCCCACUGAGAAUCUAUGUGCAGCCAAAUCAAAACGAAACAGCACUGUAUGCUGCAGAGACUACCAAAAUUAUAUUUGACUUCUUUGAAGAGUACUUUGAUAUGACCUAUUCUCUACCUAAGCUGGAUCAAAUAGCCAUUCCAGAUUUCGGCACUGGAGCUAUGGAGAACUGGGGAUUAAUCACCUACAGAGAGACUAACCUGCUUUAUGACCCCGCUGAAUCAGCAACAGUCAAUAAACAACGAGUAGCUGCUGUGAUUGCUCAUGAGCUUGUACAUCAGUGGUUUGGAAACAUAGUCACGAUGGACUGGUGGGAUGACCUGUGGCUUAAUGAAGGCUUUGCCAGCUUCUUUGAAUAUGUUGGAGUGAAAGAAGCUGAACCCACAUGGAACAUGCUUGACCAGAUUCUAAUUGAUGACUUGCUCCCUGUAAUGAGAGAUGAUGCACUCCUGUCCUCCCAUCCAAUUAUUGUCAGUGUCUCGACCCCAGCGGAGAUCACGUCUGUCUUUGAUGCCAUUUCAUACAACAAGGGAGCAUCCAUUUUGAGAAUGCUUGAAGAAUGGAUUACUCCAGAAAGUUUCCAAUUAGGAUGCCAGAAUUACCUUAAGGACUACAAUUUCAAGAAUGCGAAAACAGAUGACUUUUGGAAUUCUCUGGCAAAGGCAAGUGGUAAGCCAGUAAAAGAAGUAAUGGAUACCUGGACUAGACAGAUGGGUUAUCCGGUGCUUAUUGUUUCAUCAGGAAAUACUGUUACGCAGGAAAGGUUUCUUUUGGAUCACACAGCAGAUCCAUCACUUCCAUCUUCUAUUUUCAAUUACAAGUGGAAUAUCCCAGUGACAUUUUAUUCAACCUCCAAUGCUACGGGGCUGAAUUCGUUAAUGUUCAAUUUAGCAGAUGCUUCAUUGACUUUAUCUCCAUAUAACAGCAGUAAUGCACAGUUUUUUAAAAUCAACAAUAAACACUUUGGAUUUUUUCGAGUAAAUUAUGAAGCUCAAACUUGGAAGGACCUAGCUACACUGUUAGAGAGCAGCCACGAGGACUUCAGUGCUGGAGACCGAGCUGGAUUAAUUGAUGAUGUCUUUGCCUUAGCAAGUUCUGAAUGGCUAGACUAUAACAUCUCACUCGACCUGACUAAAUAUCUUAAGAAAGAGAAAGAUUAUCUGCCUUGGCAAAGAAUGAAUUCUGCUCUUUCCUACCUAAAUGACAUGUUGGAAGAUGACGCUACCAUCUACCCCAAAUUUCAGGAGUAUUGGCGCAGACAAGUAAAACCAAUCACAGACCACCUUGGUUGGAGCGAUACUGGCACUGAUAUAGAAAAGCUCCUUCGAUCUCUAGUUCUGGCAAUUGCAUGCAAGAUGGAAGACCCUGAUGCUCUGAACAAUGCAUCAAGCCUUUUUAAUGACUGGAAAAGUGACAAAGUUGAUAGCCUUGCUGUGAACCUCAGGCAGCUGGUAUACCGCUAUGGGAUGAAGCAGGCUGAUGAUGAAGCAUCCUGGAAUUUCAUGUUUCAGAAAUAUCAAGAAACUACAUUGGCUCAAGAAAAGGAAAAGUUGCUGCAAGGACUUGCAUCAGCGAACAGCAUUCCACUCCUGGAUACAUACCUGAAGUACAUUUAUAACACCGAUCUUAUUAAAAGCCAGGAUGCGCUGAAUGUGAUAUAUUACAUAGCUGUAUAUAGUAAGCUUGGAAAACAAAUGGCAUGGGACUGGGUACGGAUCAACUGGGACUAUUUGGUCAACAGAUAUACAAUCAAUGAUCGAAACCUUGGGCGUAUAGUUACAAGAAUCUCGGGUACAUUUAAUACUGAGGCUCAACUGUGGCAAAUGAGGAAUUUCUUUGAGAGAUACCCAAAUGCCGGGGCAGGAGAGACCCCAAGGAAGCAAGCACUGGAAACCGCCAGAAACAACAUUGAGUGGGUCACAAAUAACAAAAAUGGCAUCAAAUCCUGGUUGGACCAGAAUGUUGUUCCUUAAAGGACACAAUUACUAUAUCUGUUUCAAGACAAAUAAUGUCCCUAAAUUUGCCUAACAUUGUUUAUGUUAAAAUAAAAAAAAGAGAAGAAUAAUGUAUAUAUCAAAUAUUUCAGAAGGGAAAUUUGAGAAA